UUUGCAAUAGCAUAAUGGCGUCGGUAUCAGCGCCGAUGCGCGUUGCCCACGGGCUUGUACGCUGGUCUCCGUGUGGUCGGUACUUGGCAUCUGCAAGUGGGAACCGCCUGGCCAUCCGCGACGCGCUGUCACUGCAGAUUGUACAGCGCUAUUCGACGGUGGACGAAGUGCAGACGCUGGUCUGGUCCGAGGACUCGGAGUUGGUACUGACGGCUUCAUUCAAGCGCGCUGUGGUGCAGCUUUGGUCUGUACAAGACGCGUCCUGGACCUGUAAGAUCUCGGAGGGUGUAGCAGGACUCGUCCAUGCAAGGUGGACACCCGAUGUGCGUCACGUCGUGACAGUGUCCGACUUUCAAUUGCACGCGACCGUGUGGUCCCUCGAGGACCCAACUGCGAGGUGCUCCAUCCGCAGUCCUAAACUGGCAGCCGACGGCCUCAGCUUUUCGAAUAAUGGAGCGUUCCUUGCAGUGGUGGAGCGUCACGACUGCAAGGACUUUAUAGGCGUCUACAGCUGCGAGAGCUGGGAGCUUACCACACAUUUCGCCAUCGACAGCUACGACUGCGUUGAGGUCGUGUGGUCACCCGACGACGCGACCAUUGCGGUGCGAGAUACCCACUUGGAGUUCAGAGUGCUGUUAUACUCACCUGAUGGAACAUUGCUGGCCAAGUAUCAGGCUUAUGAGAAUGCGCUGGGAUUGAAAACGAUGACGUGGUCGACGUCAGGCCAGUUCUUGGCGCUUGGAAGCUACGAUGAGCAUCUGCGUGUGCUGAGUCACAUCAAUUGGAAGCCUGUCGUGGACUUCGAUCACGAAAGUAUCGCCGUCACGAAAUCUCAUACGAGCCACGCAGCGAUCGAAUACGAAGAGAACUACGCGGAUGCCAAUGUCAUGGAUCGACCGCAAGGCAAACGGGUGGCAGUAAUACAGCGAAGCUCUUCUCUGUUGUCGAACUCAUUGCAAGCCGCUUCAGCGGCCGCUCAAGCUGCAGGUGGCAAAAAGUCUCGCGAUGUUUGCUUCGUGACGCGGGAACCACCAUUUUCUGUUCGCACAAUUGCCUCCGAUCCAUUAACAGAAAACCCAAAGAUUGGUAUUAGCCGAGUAGUGUGGAGUGCCGAUUCUGCGUUUAUAGCUACCAAAAGCGACCAGAUGCCGUACAAUGUGUGGAUCUGGCGCACAGAAAGUCUGACGCUGCACUCAGUUGUAUCGCUGCUCGAAUCUGUCCGGAGCUUGCGAUGGGACCCAGUGCACUCUCGCCUCGCGAUCACGUCGGGGGAGAAUCGUGUCCACCUUUGGAGUACAGAAGGCAUCUCGUGGAUCAAUAUACCCACUGAAUCGUUUCAAGCUCUGGGUCUUCAAUGGGCACCAUCAGGCGACGCUCUCAUUGCUGUUGGUCGUCAGGAAUUUUGCUCUAUAACUCUAUAAACCGAGUCAUUUGAUCACGAAGAGCAAGUCUUGUGGGGUGAUAAGCUCAUCACCUGGUGGGUUCGUGAGUACAUGCUGUGGAGAGGUUGAAGUGCUGGCACUGCGAUAAAUGCCCAACGUCAUGGUGUCCUGAUGAUGCAAACAAAAGGAUGAGACUACUCAAUAACUGGACGAAAUGAAGGAGAAAAAUAAUGCAGUACCUCGUUGUGAAGCAGCCCUUCUACGAGCAGCGCAUAAGGGCGAAAGUGAUAUCGCUCUGGCGCUGGCAUCUGCGUCAAUCGGUGUCGCGAUCUCUGCACUCGGUUCGGCAUCUUCAUGCUCAUAUUCCCACUGAUGACAAGUUGCGUCACCAUCUCGAUCAUGAGUUGCUGGUUUGAGCAAGACCCCAUAAGUGCAUCCAUGAAAUUGGAGAAGUAAAUGUGACCCGACGCGUACAGCGGACUGAAAAACGAGCUGUCGAGGAACUUGACAUCCUUGAGCAGAUCACGUUGGCGUGGCUCAUUCGCUGCUGCCUUUGCGUCGAAUAGAGAGCCAUUCCGGUCGAUGAGAAACUUGACAUUACUAGGACGAAUCAUCUCAGCGACGAUGAAUGGCAUCGAUCUCUUUUCAUUGAUCCCGUUCCUCUCCAGUCGAGAAGCUUCGUUCUGCAGCGCCUCAGUGAUAAAGCGGUGCGUAGUGAUGGCGUCGACGUCUGCCAUAUUCUCGUCCAUACUCUCCAGAUCAUUCUCAAGGUCCAUACUGCUAGUGUUCUCCAUCCCGCAGUACGACAUGAUCAAGAUACUUCGCGCGUGGAUCAUGCGAGCUGUGUGGAACACGUGCAUACUGAGUGGAGAUCCACGAACGAAAUACAAGCGCUCGUGCAGCUGAUGUGCCAUGAAAUCUUUCUCCGUCAACUGUCGCUGGGUAAUGAAGAUGACACCAGUGACCUUCUCGUUCAGGUCGCUUAAGUUGGCAAGGAAGUCUUCGUAGUUGCUGGGAGUUCCACACACGACAUAGUGUUCGCUCAGAGUCACUGGCGGUGGAUCGCGACGAAAGCAAAGCGACAGAUGACGAAUACGCGCUCGAAGGUUUCCACUGAUAGCAAUUGAUGGUCGUAAGAGAGGAGCAGGCUCCCAAUUCGAAGCGUGAUAAUCAUCUCGUUCUGUGAGUUGUUCGGUAAUCGGUCGUGUUCCGAGGAUAUGGCUGAGUCGUGGGCCCUCCACAAGAGCGUUACUGGUUGUAGCGGUGCUAGUUGCAAUGGUGGCUUCGGUCUUUAUAUUCGUUUGAGCUAUCAAGUCGUCCACACUGGGACUUGGCGUUGGGUCUGGUUUCUGCUCUGUUGGUUGUUCAGACAAUGUUUUAUCACUGGGAGCACGCACGAAUGACUCCCUAAUGCUCUGGUCUCGCGUGCUAUAGUCUAUGGUACUCCUGCCACUUCUGGCACUUAACGGCAUUCGACUCGACAAAGGUCUAACGACCGGAUCUUUCGGCCGAUCACGAGGUGUCGUAGCCUUUUUUACGAGCUCGGCAGGAGUCAAAGCGAUGACUGGAACGACAGGCUUUGAAGGUUUGUGCUGUGGCGUGUGUGCUGUUUCUGUUGGAUUUCCUAGCGAGUACUUCUCGUCGGUUGUCAUGUGGUUUGAGUCCAUGUGCCUCGGAGAGAAGCGUCGGGCAUCCACGCGGUUAUCCUCAACAGGAGCUUGUGUUGGGUCAUCUUCAACUACAGACUCCGGAUCACUGUGUUCAUCGAUCUCUCUGUCCACUGGGGCGAUCUUGUCCAUCGCUCGACCGGAAAACAUGCUCAAGCGACUUUUUAUUGAAUUCUUCCCCAUUGCCUUGUCUGGAGUUGAACUGACACGACGGUCACGACCGAAUCCAACGGAUACGCGACGUCCAAAUGGAAUUUUGUUCUCAAUAGCGGCGGUGAGCAUGGUUGCCACUGUUCGAAUGUUACGAUUGGCACUCAUGCCUAACGAUGCUGGAGCGAUAUCAGGAUGGCGAGCAAAAAUUGCUGGAGUCAACUUCUCAAUCUUUGAGGCGAUGUCGUUCCCUCGGCCAAUAAAGAAAACACUGAGAAAAUUUGCAUCAGAUAGCUGCUCGUCAACGGGAUACACAGUAGUCGUAUCCUCAAUGGUCCGCAAGCCAACAAGUGGGACACCAAAUUCGCGAUAGAAAAGCACAGCGAGAGCGCGAUACGAUGGCAUAUUGAGUAGAAAUGGAGGCAGAGCAGCUUCACAUAUCUUUUGCUCACAUCCUGAUAGAUAAUCUGACAACCAAUAUCCUCUAGAAAAGUUCAGCAGAAUUAAGCAUAAAUCACGGAUAAGUGCUCAACGAUACACAAGGUUUGAGAAACA